AUGAGCAGCGAUAGCCAAAGCAAACCCGCGAGGGUCGCCAUCGUGGACGAUGCACCUCGGCCCAAGAAGCGCAUUCUACUGAAUGCUUUUGAUAUGAACGGGAUUGGUCACAUCAGCCCAGGGCAAUGGCGCAAUCCAGUCGAUCAAUCCAAACAUAAGAAUCGGCUGGAUUACUGGAUCAACCUUGCCAAGUUGCUCGACCGGGGCAAGUUCAAUGCCCUCUUUCUCGCGGACAAUUUCGGUUCGCACGAUGUCUAUCGUGGAAGCCAUGACCCCGCCAUUCGAGCUGGCACACAAUGGCCCAUGUACGAUCCGUUUGUGGUCAUCUCGGCCAUGGCUGCUGUUACCAAGAAUGUCGCUUUUGGCGUGACCUCUUGCACGACCUUCGAACCACCUUUUCUACUGGCGAAGCGCUUUUCCACCCUGGAUCAUGUUACUAAGGGCCGCAUAGCUUGGAACAUCGUGACAUCAUGGUCUGAUAAUGCAGCAAGGGCUGUUGGUCUCGAACAGCUUCCUGAGCAUGAUCUGAGAUACGAAAUGGCGGAGGAGUACCUCAAUUUGAUGUACAAGCUUUGGGAGGGUUCCUGGGCUGACGACGCGGUCGUACAAGACGCUGCCAAUGCGACCUAUACCGACCCAUCGAAAGUCCGAAAGAUAACGCACCAGGGCCGAUUUUUCAAGUGUGUGAGCGCCCACCUGGUGGACCCUUCGCCGCAGCGCACACCGGUCCUCUUCCAGGCCGGCAUGUCGCCGGCAGGUGCGGCAUUUGGUGCAAAGCACGCUGAAUGCAUUUUCAUUGGGGGACGAACCCCGGCGUAUCUGCGCGGAAAGAUUACCGAGACACGACGACUUGCGGCAAGUCAAGGCCGGAACCCGCGGGAUAUAAAGUUCUUUGUGCAAUUCACGCCCAUCCUCGCACCAACCGACGAAGAGGCACAGGCCAAGCUGGAGGAGUAUCGGAAGUAUGCAAUUCCAGAGGGUGGCCUGGCCAUGUUCUGUGGCAUCACCAAAAUCGACGUGAGUCAGUUUCCGGUCGACGAACCGUUUCCGACAGACCGCAGGCACCCAGCCUAUGCCGGGCUCAGCGACCGUGCCAUCGAGUCUCUUACGACCAAGCCGGAUCGAUGUGAGGUUUGGACCCCGCGGGAGAUGGGCAGAUUUCAAGCCAUUGGGGGCAGUGGAACGUUCAUCGCAGGAAGCCCCGUCACGGUGGCGAAUGAAAUGGAGCGAUGGCUAAAUGAAGGCGAUGUCGAUGGCUUCAACAUCGGCCAUGUGGUGGUGCCGGGCGCAUGGGAGGACGUGGUUGAUCUAUUGGUCCCCGAGCUGGAGAAGAGAGGAUAUAAUCAGGACUAUCCGACCCCGGACGAGAGCACAGCGCGAGAGAACCUGUUCGCCACCCCUGGGAACGCCAAGCUGAGAGAGGAUCACCCGGGUAGGAAAUUCGCUUUCGAGCAGUAUGGGAAGAGCUGGGAGUGA